AUGGCCCCCAUCAACCUCAUCACCCGCCAAUCUUCCUCCUCCUCCUCUUCCUGCAGCGGCCUCUCCGGCGGUGCCAUCGCAGGUGUCGUCCUCGGCACAAUCGCCGGCACGCUGCUGAUCGUCUGGCUCAUCAAAACAUGCUUCCUGCCGGGCGCUCCUGGAAACAGGCACCCGGACACAUCGGAUAUUGUCUACAGCCAGACGCCGGCAAGACGCCGACGUAGAAGAAGUGUUCGGUCGGGUCCAGAUUAUGUGGAUUAUAUCGAGAAGCCGACGAGGAGCCAUAGCCGGCGAGGGAGUGGGGUGAGUGAGGUUAUUAGAGUGCAGAGGCCGGAGAGGGUUUAUGUCUCUUCUUGA